CGCCGUAGCCCCGCCCCCUCCGCGCGUGGCGCCCCUGACGCUUGGCGCGCGGGCCGCUCUCCUUACAGAGGUCGCUCUCGUUGAACGGUCGGCCUUGUUGCGCCUGCGUGAUCGGGAGGGGAAGUGAGGCGGUUUCUUCGGCGCCUUUUCCGGCGGCGGCGGCGGCGGCAGCGGCAGAGCUGGGAGGAGGAGGAGGUGGAGGCCAGAGGGAGCCCGCGCUCAGGGCGGCGGCUGGAGGCGGCGCACCAAGUUCCCGCGAGGAUCAAUGACCUGACGAGGCGCCGGAGCCGCGCUGACUCUCGGGUGGCCUGGGUCGGUGAGCCCGGUGCUGGUGGACCGGCGGGCGGGCCGGAGGGCCUCGGUCUCCCGCGGCGGAGUGAGGAGAAGGCGGAGGAGCGGGAACCGCGGCGGCGCUCGCGCGGCGCUCGCGGGGGGAAGGGCAGUUCCGGGCCGGGCCGCGCCUCAGCAGGGCGGCGGCUCUCCCGGCGCAGACUCAGGGCCCCGGCGGCAGCGGCGUCUGGAGGAAUCAAGUUGUGCGGUCGGUGAUGCCCGAGUGAGUCGCGAGCCCGGGCCUCUGCCCCGAGGAGGAGGCGACUCCCACGCAGGCCGCACGGGCGCCCUCGCGGCCGGGAGGCUUCGUUUCGGUUUCGCGGCGGCUGCGGCGUUGUUGGCUGAGGGGACCCGGGACACCUGAAUGCCCCCGGCCCCGGCUCCUCCGACGCGAUGGGGAAGGUGCUAUCCAAGAUCUUCGGGAACAAGGAAAUGCGGAUCCUCAUGUUGGGCCUGGACGCGGCCGGCAAGACAACAAUCCUGUACAAGUUGAAGCUGGGCCAGUCGGUGACCACCAUCCCCACAGUGGGUUUCAACGUGGAGACGGUGACUUACAAAAACGUCAAGUUCAACGUAUGGGAUGUGGGCGGCCAGGACAAGAUCCGGCCGCUCUGGCGGCAUUACUACACCGGGACCCAGGGUCUGAUCUUCGUAGUGGACUGCGCCGACCGCGACCGCAUCGACGAGGCCCGCCAGGAGCUGCACCGCAUUAUCAAUGACCGGGAGAUGAGGGACGCCAUAAUCCUCAUCUUCGCCAACAAACAGGACCUGCCUGAUGCCAUGAAACCCCACGAGAUCCAGGAGAAACUGGGCCUGACCCGGAUUCGGGACAGGAACUGGUAUGUGCAGCCCUCCUGUGCCACCUCAGGGGAUGGACUCUAUGAGGGGCUCACAUGGUUAACCUCUAACUACAAAUCCUAAUGAGCAUUCUCCACCUAUCCCCCGGAAGGAGAGAAAUCAAAAACCCAUUCAUAGGAUUAUCGCCACCAUCACCUCUUUCAAUUGCCACUUUCUCUUCUUUUGAAUUUGAACUCUGGAGUUACUGUUCUACGGUUGGGGAGGGGGGGGGUUAGGGGUUUCCUUUUUUUGUUUCUUUUUUUUGUUUUUUUUUUCGUUCUUUUUUUGUUGUUUUUUUUUUUUUGCUUUGCUUUAGGAAGCUCUGAUCUGACAUUUGCCAUGAACACAAAGUGCUAGAUGCUCUUAAUGACUUCCAGCAAAUGGGAUGGGGGAAAUACAGCAUUUUUGGUAAAGUCCUUUAUAAUAAUGGUUUGAUUUUUUAUUUCGAGAAAAUCUUUUUUGCAAUGUAUGCUUUUUUCCUUUUUGCCCAGUUUCCUUAUCACUUGCUGUAGAUGGCUUAUUUUGCAUUCAUGCAGACUAUGUUGCAAGUCUGUUUCAUCUAGUAAACUGAAAAUUAUUGCUUAAUCAAACUGCCGUUUGUCUUUUAUAUUUAAGGCCUUUACCCCUCCCUUCUGAGUUUUACCUUUAACUUAGUAAUUUCAAAUGUGACCUUUUAUAUCUAAGACCAGUGUAGUAAACUUAGCCUACAGUGGCAAAUCAUGAGUAAUAUCAUUGUAAUAUGUUCCAGUUGCACAUCAGUAUGUUAAACAGGUAAUGUAAGAAGUUUUUUGAAAUGUCAGCUAUUAAGUUCUGAAACAUACAUCAUGCAUGAGUAGGGAUAAAGCUCAAGUUCCUUAUUACAUAGCCAACUUACACUGCAUAAAGAUACGAAAGUGUAACCCGUCAAGAACACAGGUUUUUUUUCACUGCAAAGUUAGCAACUUUGCUGUUUUCCCUCUUUUUUAACUAAAAGUAGACUUUUUCCAGAAAGUGGAGCAAUAAUGGUGUAUGCCACACACACAUGAGAUCUCUGUAGAUAUCUUACGUGACUUUGGGGCAAAACUGGAAUAUAUACUUUACCACGUUUCAAAUAUCUAAGACCAAUAGUUAAAAAAAUUAUUAGAAUGUUUACUUUGUCCAUUAAUAAAGCAUCUAACAAUUCAAAUUAAAUACACCUUCUACCUAGUUGGAAAAACACGUUCCUGUUUUCACGUUAGAGCAAGUGAUUAAGCUGAAGAUAGAAGUCUUUUUUUAUAGAUGAGUGAUCCACAUCUCCAUUAAUUAGAACACUGGAAAAGAUGUUUUAUGAAAAAAGUAUUUAAUUCUGUUUGUAGGAUUAACUCAUACAAAGAGUAAGUCAGAUAUCCUGUUGGUUCAUUAAUACACUAUCUCCUUUAAGGAAGGAAAUGUGAUGAAUGAAUUAUGUGUAGACUUGAGGAAUGACAAAGGGGAAGUAGGAUGAAGAAAACGAACCUACAGAUGACAAUGAAUGUAAACUUAUUUUUCUUCAAGGGUAAGCAUUGUGCUCACUGGUGAUAUCCAGGUCCUAGCAAGAUUACUUGCUUAGCUUGUUAGGACCGGUAACUAGGUUAUUGAGACCACUAUGAUUGAUACUUUGAACCAAAUGUUAAUGCUUGAUACAGAAUUGUGAGCAGCAUCUGGUUCUCAUAUAGCCUUAAGGAUUAAUUUUAGAGAUCCUCAAGGAAUUAAACAUAGGGAAUUUAAGAAAUGUAGACUGCAAAGGCAGUAUACAGGAGAAGGUAGAGUGGGUUUUGUUCAUGAGGGUGUCUGAAAACUAAAAUGGAGCGGGAUAUCAUGGUACAUAGUUGGACAGUAUUGGUCCUUCGUGCUUUGGCCAUAUUGUAUAACGGAGCUUUUACCAAAGAUGUAUGAGAAGCAUAAGGCUAUAAAAAGUUAACUAUUCAAAGUAAAACUCUUGACAAACAUUUUACUUAAAGCAGAUGAGAAAAGGUGCUAUGUUGUAGGCUCCUGAUGGUGCAGAGGGAUUUUUGAAUUCAAAAUGCAACUAAGGUACAGAGUUCUCAGUUUUGCUUUAGAAAGAUCUCUAGAAAUCAAGCUGACAGACACAUCCGAGAACAUUUUAGUUGCUUUUAAAAUUCCCAAAGCUCCACCAUAAAUUUAAUUCUUAAGUGUUUUAAGUGAUUGCAUUUUAAGGUAUAUAAACAUGGGUUAUACAAAUAUCAAUGCUAUAGUAACAUCCUUAGACAAGACAAGCACAAAGGUAUAAAUGCCUAAACUGGAGGAAACUUGAAACCUUCAUCUUAAUUCUUAAAUGUAGUAUUUCUAACUUGUGACAGACAGAUUGAUAGGCAGCCAUUUUUUUUGUGUUUUAAAAUACCUGGGAGCAUAGUUAAAAUUUUAUACAUCAAGUGAUUGCUAUUGAAUGUUGCAGGUGAGAUGUGGUGGUUAUUUUUAGUUUAUUUGAACUGUCUAACUGAAGGGGGGAGGGGGGAAGCAAAUAUUUGAAAUUUGGAAAACCCUAAACUUUUUGGUAAGAACUUGUAAUUUUCAUUUACAUUUUCUUGAAGGAUAUAAAAGGUGGAUAAUUGAUGUAGUUAAAUUGAACCAUAACUAUUGGUAAUCACGGGGCAGGUAAUUAUAGCCUGCAGAAAAAAGUUACAAUCUAGAAUUUAAAAAAGAUCCUGAAGUUUUUGUUUAAUUGCAUCAAUUUCUGUAUUUAUGUGAAUUUAUAAACUGCAGUAAGUUUUUGAAUGAGGUUAAUCUUGUCUAAUAUAAGUAAAUGAGUCUGUAGACUGUGAUCUCCCCAAACUAAAAAGUACAGUACUUGGAAUUGUGUUCUUUAUGGUUGUAGUGUUGGUAAAGCACUAAUAUGCAGAAAAUAAAGGAAUUACACAGUGCA